AUGGGCUUUUAGUCUUCGGCAACCAAAAGGAGAUUUUGCAUGUCCAUCGUGUGAAUUAGCCUAUUUAAGGGUGUGGAGCAGAAACAGCAAAGUUUCCUUCUGCUUGCUUUCUGUAUUAAACUUUCGCGACCCAAAGUUUUGAUCUUCAACGACUAAAGCCAUACAGGCCUUUGUCAAUGGCCGACGAAAAGGUGGACAAUCAAGUCUCCAUUGAAGAACAUGGGACAAAAGAAGAAAAUGGGACUUUAGAGACUUCGAUAAGCAAAGAAAAUGAUGAGUCUUCUGACCCUUCUUCUGCGAUACAAAAAGAUGACGAUGAGGGGAAAGAAGUUGCAAAGAAGAAAAAGAAGAAAAAUAAAAGCAAGAAAAAGAAGGAAUUGCCACAACAAACUGAUCCACCCUCUGUUCCCGUUGUUGAUCUUUUUCCAUCUGCAGAGUUUCCUGAGGGUGAAAUUCAACAGUACAGAGAUGAUAAUUUAUGGAGGACCACAUCUGAAGAGAAGAGAGAGUUAGAGCGCCUUGAAAAACCCAUUUAUAAUUCUAUUCGCCAAGCAGCAGAAGUUCAUCGUCAGGUUCGGAAGUACAUCAAAGGCAUUUUGAAGCCUGGAAUGUUAAUGACUGACUUAUGUGAAACCUUGGAGAAUACGGUUCGCAAGUUAAUAUCAGAGAAUGGUCUACAAGCAGGCAUUGCAUUUCCUACUGGAUGUUCUUUGAACUGGGUUGCUGCUCAUUGGACCCCUAAUUCAGGGGAUAAUACUGUGCUUCAGUAUGAUGAUGUGAUGAAAUUGGAUUUUGGAACACAUAUUGAUGGGUAUAUUGUGGACUGUGCAUUUACAGUGGCAUUCAACCCUAUGUAUGACCCGCUACUUGAGGCUUCGCGAGAGGCAACCAAUACGGGUAUCAAG